AUGUCUGAGGCCGACGACGUGUUGGACUUCAUCAACCUGCUUCCCGACUCGAAGUCAGGCACCCCGCACCCGCCCGGCGACGCCAAUAACGAGGAGCUUUUGGACUUCCUCGACGAACUCGCCGAGGAAGAUAAAGACCCCAAAAAGACCGCCACCGCCAACAAGGAGUCCAAAUCUGAAGCAAAGGAUGCUACUAGAGACGAGGCUCCCAAGACCACCACCACCAAAAAGAAAAUGACGGCGAAAAAGGACACCUCAACCACUAAUGCGCCCACCAAGGACACCGACGCCGAACCCACGGCUGAAGCCACUGCUGCGCCCACCACUGACACCAAAGCCGCUGCUGAAACUGAUGAACCGUCACAGGAACUGCUGGACGUGGUCAAUGCCAUUCUGUCGUGGUGGGGGUCGGGUAAGGGGCUCCUCGGCUCUCUCGCCACUAACGCCCAGCAAAUAUCGGAACAAACCUACCAAAACGCCCUGAACUUGACCAACGAACUUAACCGCAAGGGUAAGGAGUACUUGGCUUCCGAGGACGCGGCGUUGCCGAAGCCUGACAUCAACAGUUUGGGCGCCCGUCUCAACUCGUUGCUCACCAAUGUCAGCUCACAGAUCACUCAGGGGCUUAUGAGUGAAGACGACGAAUUACUCAAUAUCCUCUUGGUCUACGACGCUAAGCUUAAAUAUCUCGAUCUGCUCGUAUCAGCUCAAUUUAAGCGGGUGAUGACUCAGGUUGAAGGGGGGAUCGCCGUCAAUGUCACCAGCUUCAACCACUCUAACCUUGAAGGGGUGGACGACUCCAAGGCCACUGAUUUGAGCAUGUUCUACGGCAAGCUGGUCGACGGCGACAAGCUCUGCUACGCCAACUUGGAGCUGCUGAUCAAGGACUACCACCGCAUCGCCCAGGAGCUGGCGGAGAAGCAGAGCCACUUGGACCAGAUCGAACUCAACCAGCUGAACUUGUUCGUGUGCAUCCAGCCCGUGUGUGUCAGCCGCGACAGUGGCGACGACGACGACAUCGAAACCAUUGCUGGUGACGCUCCCGGCAACUUCUCCUUCACCGUGGUGCUCAAAGAUAUCACCAACGACAUCACCAUCGCCACCAAGACCCAGCCGUUCCCGCUUAAGUGGGCGCAGUGGCUCAACGGUGAAGACUUGGAGCGUUUCGGCGACGACGGCGACAUCGACCCCGCCCAGUGGGUGCGCGACUGGAUCCGUAAGGGGUUGGACUUGUCGUUCGGGGUGCUUGCCCAGGAGUACGUGAUCAGACGUAUGGGCUACUAG